GUUCGGGCUCGGACUCGUGAGUAAAAUUUUGACCCCGGCGGUACAAAGUUGAGCUGCAUAUCUCUCAUCUUUCUCGACGACGACGCUCUGCACAGCCAUUGCUUGAUUCAUCCAUGGAGGACGGCUCGAAAUUGAGCAUAUACAAGGCCGUCAGAAACAUAAAACGCAGAGAUAACACUCUCUACAACGCUCUCAGAUCAAUUUACGAGGACUCUAUUUUCGUCGGCGAGAUCUCCCAGCUAUGGCCGGAGCUUCCUCUUCUAGCAAAUCUCCGUUGCGGCCUUUGGUAUUCCCCCAAGUUUCACUCCAAUUGCUAUUUCAAGUCCACCGACGGCCACAACAACAAUUGGUCUUUUAAUACUUCCCGCCUCAAUCUUCACGUCGCGCAAUUGGCUGGACAGAAGGGAGGUUGUAUUAUAGUUGAUUCCACUCGAAGAGGAAAGCGCUUUCCUGAUAGCAUGUCCAAAACAAUACCCAUUUGGACUUGUGUUUUGAAUCGGUCUAUAAUCAAACAUUUAAACAAAAUCCACGGCAGUUCAUUGGAGGAGCCUUCCACUUCUGACACGCUUGCUGGAAAUGGAAGGAAACCUGCCAUUGAUUGGGACUGUUCCUUGCAUCUUCCCCUUUGGGUUUCUGAGACUGAGAAAGCUGCUAUUGAGGAACGUCUUGAUGAAUGGAUGAAACAGUUAGAUGACUGUGGAGCUGAUAUUGCCACACUAGCAUCAAUCUUGAGAAAGCCAUUGCGCCCCUUGUGGAUUUCACAGAGAUCAGUUAUUUGGUUAAACGAAGUACCAGAUCACGAUUCCUGGGAUUUCACCCCCAUUAUACUUGUUUCUGCUUCAUUGUCUACCGGUGUGGUUCAACAAAGGACCACCACAGAGUUUAGCUGGAACUACAUUUCCGGAGCAGGAGAUGAUGAAGAAAGUUGGGCAAGAGGCUUGUCUCCUAAUCUAUUUUGGAAUCACGCACAUGAUCUUAUGAGCUCUGGGCCUGAUGUCUGUAAUCAGAAAGUAGCUGAAAUAGUUGAAAAAGACAGAGUAUAUCGAGCACUAAGGGGAAAUGAUGCACCUCAGAUCAGUGUUAAAUCUCAGAAGGUGGGAGGAUCGUCAACUCAAGUCCUGCCUAUAGAGCAAAUGUUAUCUUUAGAUAUUUCUGAUGCUGAGCUAGACGCAAAAUCUUCUGAUGGAAAUUGUGGAUUAUCUUGGCUUGGUUCAACUAGCCUUGCAGUAGGCUCAUCUCAACAUGCCGUGACUGCAUGCAAUGUUGAUUGUAUUUUAAAUUGUGAUCAAGAGUCCUCUGUUUUCCUUCCAAUUUCUGGUGCAUAUCUUCAUCUACCUAUGGUGAUGUCAAAACUGGAUCGUUUUUCCCUGUCAAGAAACCUUCCUUCUGCAGUAGAUUUUGCGAAGUUGAAUCUUAACCAAGGGAAAAGGCUUCUAGUUUGCUGUAGCAAUGGAGAAGAUAUUAGCAUAUGUGUUUGCUUGGCAAUACUGACGUCUUUAUUUGACGACAAAGGAACUUUCGAUUGCGGGAAAUCUUUUAAGAACACACGCAUUACGAAAUUGGAAAUGAGAAGGCGACUUGUGUACAUCUGUAAAUUUGCAACAAAUGCAAGGCCUUCCAGAGGAAAUUUGAGGCAGGUUUUCAAUUUUCUUGGUGGAGGAAGAAUUGAUUAACUCCUCUGCUGUUAACAGAGAAGCUGCUUCAAUUACAACUUUACAGGUUUUUCUUUCUACUUAUUAUUAUUGUUUUUCUUUUACUAUAUUCUACCUUUUUAUACUGUUGUGUUGAUGAGGCCAAGAUCCCCUGAUAUUGAUUGUAUGAACAUCAUGUUUAAAAAUGUCAGACAUUAAAUUGAUUUAGAAUGAUUAAAUGCGUGUUCGGGCA